AUGUACAUCAAGGAUGUCUUACCGAUGCAACGAAUUUGCUACAUGGACCCUAUAUCUAGAUCGCCAACUAACAAUGAUGUAGUCAAAGAGACAAUGAUCCGCACCAUGAAUGUUGCAAGGGAAACAGGACAAGAUUAUUCCAUUGUUACCUAUGAUUUGGCUGUGGCUUUGAAAGCAUACUCUAUACAAGCAAUAGAAAGUCCAAUGUUUGACAACCUGUUAAUCAUGCUUGGUAAUUUUCAUGUUGAACUAGAUUUCUACGGUGCAGUUGGCACACUGAUAAAUGAAACAGGAAUAGAGUUCAUACUUACAGAGGCAGACAUUCUUGCUGAAGGAUCAAUGAUGGGAUUCAUCAAAGGCAAAUUUUACAACUGCUGCACAAGAAUUCAUGAAUUGCUGGCAAAUGUCUUGGAGCAGAAGCUAUAUCAACUUUUUCUUCUGGACUUACCCGAAGAAGAAUAUGAGUCAGUCGUACUAGUGAUGCACACAUUACCUUCAAAUGCAAGCCAGGCAGAAGUGCAUCUUUUAGAUCCAGUUGUAUUGCAGCAUCUUGAGAAGUAUGAGGAAUUCUUCCAGAUGAUUAUUGAUGGUAGCCAAGGACCAACAGCUCAAUUCUGGGCAACUUACAUCUUCCUCAUCAAUCGUCUGCACAGAGAGUUGCAGAGAUGUGUGAAGACAAAUGAUGUCAAUAGUUAUAUCAAUGUGUUUCCAAUGAUACUUGGUGUAUUCUUCAGCCUCAAUCGUCCUAACUAUGCCAGAUGGGGAACGCUUUUCCUUCAGAAGCUGAAAUCAUGUGACCCUAAGUUGAUUGAGAUUUUGGAAAAGGGUGCAUUUUCGGUCAGACGUACUACCAAAGAUUACAGUAGAUCAGCUGUUGACCUGUCUUUAGAACAGUCUGUGAACCGUGAUGCAGCAUCUCAAAUGAAAGGGAUUGUCGCAUUCAGAAACUGCCAUGCGAAGGUGGUCGUUAAGCAUGACCCAGAGAGCUAUGGCUGUAACUGA